AUGGCGGACUCGUUCUACCCGCCGCGCCAUCUCUACUAUGACGGCCAGGUCCAGGUAGGUUCUGGAGGUAUUUUCAGAUCCAUCGAUCCAUCGACCGCACAGCCACUGGCAGAUAUCCAUGCUGCCUCCCACUCCGACAUUGACUCAGCCAUUCAAUCAGGUCAACGAGCUUUUCAUGGUUGGUCAACAACGCCCCCAAUUGUUCGAUCUCGCAUCCUCCUGAAGGCAGUCCAGCUUCUACGAGAUAGAAACGAUGAGAUUGCGAGGACAGAGACACAAGACACAGGGAAGCCGUUCUCCGAGACAAGCACAGUUGAUGUGGUGACGGGAGCGGAUGUGCUCGAGUUCUUCGCCAACCUAGUGGGAGGAGGUGGGCUUAAUGGGGAGACGACGCAGUUGAGGGAAGACGCAUGGGUCUAUACGAAGAAAGAGGCUCUGGGUGUAUGCGCGGGCAUAGGAGCAUGGAAUUACCCCAUACAAAUAGCGCUCUGGAAGUCAGCACCUUGUCUUGCCGCGGGCAACACUAUGGUCUACAAGCCCAGCGAAGUCACGCCGCUACACGGUCAAAUAUUGGCCGAGAUCUACACGGAAGCAGGAGUACCACCUGGGGUCUUCAACGUUGUUCAAGGCGGUGGGGACGUCGGCGCGUAUCUUACGUCGCAUGUUGGAAUCGCCAAGGUGUCUUUCACUGGACAAGUCUCAACAGGCAAAAAGGUUGCUAGCAGCGCAGCAGCAGGAAUGAAAUACACGACCAUGGAGCUUGGUGGGAAGAGCCCAGUCAUCAUAUUAUCAGACGUGGAUCUAGAACAAGCCGUGAAUGGAGCUAUGAUGGCCAAUUUCUUCAGCACUGGCCAGGUCUGCACGAAUGGCACAAGGGUAUUUAUUCCCAAAGACAUGAAGCAAGCCUUUGAGGAGAUGCUACUGGAAAAGAUGAAAUACAUCCGAGCUGGCAAUCUCAUGGACGUGAACACUAACUUUGGCCCUCUGGUGUCCGAGAUGCAUUACGACAAAGUCAUUGGGUACAUUAAGUACGGACUCGAAAAGGAUAGAGCGACCUUGCUCUGUGGAGGCCCUGACCAACCGAAAGACAUCCCCUGGAUUGGAAGGUGGCUAUUGGGUUAG